AUGGGAGGCCCGAACAUCUUCAAGAAGAUGCUGGCAAAGUCUUCGGCCAACAACAUGCUGGGUGCCAAGAACCUGGAGCUCGCCAAACAUUUCCGGCUGAUCAAGAAGUUGGGCCAAGGCGGCUACUCUACUGUGUACGAGGUGGAGCGCCUCUCAGAUAGGGGGCACUACGCGCUCAAGGUCACGAACAUCCAGGAGCUGAAGCCCUCGGUGGCGCAUGAGCACCCUCACCUGGUGCAGUACCAUGAGGCGUUCGUGGACCACGACAAGCUCUGCAUUGUCACCGAGCUCAUGCCCGGCGGCGACCUGGCCUCCAUCAUCAUGCUGCGCUACGAGCGCAUGCAGCGCUUCAGCGAGGGCGCCAUCUGGUCCAUGUUCCUGCAGAUCGCGGUGGCGGUGCAGUACCUGCACCACAACCACAUCAUGCACCGCGACCUGAAGCCGCAGAACGUGCUGGUGGGGGCGGACGGGUCGCUGAGCCUGGCGGACCUGGGCAUCGCGGAGAUCCUGGACCGCGUGUUCACGGAGACCAAGUCGGGCACGCCGCACUACAUGCCCCCGGAGUUCUGGCGCUUCGAGCGCUGCUCCUACUCGGGCGAUGUCUGGGCGUUGGGCUGCGUGCUGCACGAGCUGUGCGCGCUGCGCCCGCUCUUCCUCUGCCGGCAGCAGCAGGAGAUGGAGGCCAAGAUGCUGGGCGGCGCCUGGGAGCGCCUGCCGCGCCGCUACUCGGAUGGGCUCCAGGGCGUGGUGGACGCGCUGCUGACGGUGGACCCCGCGCGCCGCCCCACCAUGGACGAGCCGCUGCGCUCGCGCUGCGCCAGCUCCGGCUCGCUGGCCGACGACCUGGUCCCGCGCCUGCUGUCACACAUCCCCGCGCCCCUGCACCCCGACGCGCCUGGGGAGUGGGACGAGCUGAACGACGUGCUGCCGCCCGCGCGCUACGCCUCGGGCGGCGGCUCGCACGGCGGCGUGCCCCUGCCCGCGCCCACGCCCUUCCAGCUGGCCGCGAAUGGUCCUCGGCCGGCGCAGGGAGGCCCCCAGGCCAUGCCGGACCUGGGCCAGCUGCUGGGGCCCGCGGCCGGCCUGGGCGGCGUCAUGGCGCCCCAGGCGGGCACCCUCCCCCUGUCCCGCGACCUGGCCGCCGGCCGCAUGAGCAGGGGGGGCGCGCACUGA